UAUAUAUAUAUAAUAUAUAUAUAUAUAUAUAUAAAAUUAUAGUUGACAUACAGUAUUAUUCUAUUUCAGCUUCAGCUUAGAAAUGUUUAUUCUGACAUAAGCUUUUCUCCCCAUGUGCCACUGAGUUCAGAUAAGUUUAGGGAGGGCUGCAGUACAUCACAGUGACUAAAAGCAGAGUGACUAAGAACAGUUUAGGUUCGGAUACAGAUUUCAUUCUAGUGUAUGAUUCUGGGCAAAUUAUUUAACCUCUGAACCUCUCAGUUUUCCUACAAUGUAAGGUAAAGAAAAUAUACUCCGUUUAUGAAAAUUAAAUGAGAUAACAAUGUGAAUCAACACAGGGCUUAACAUAUUUAUCAAUAAAUAAUAAAUCAAUAAAUAAUCGUGGCUAUUACCAGAGGUCUUAAUAAGGGAAGUGGCAAGUGGGAAGCAGAACUUCCGGGUGGGGAUCCCGGACCAGCCAGGCUAACGAUGUGAACUUGGACAAGUCAUUUCCCCCAUCACUGAAAUAGCACAGGGAUGCACCACAAGGACAUGACAGGACGGCUGACGAGAUUGGGCAGUGACUUAGGAGGAAAGCUGGAUGGAUGCCUGCUGGGAGAGGCAUCAUCUCCCCCCAUGCUCUGUGAUGUUUCAGUCCCAGGAAGACAAGAGCCAUGUCUCUGAGCAGCGCCUUCAGGGCUGUGGGCAACGACCCUGGGAUCAUCACCUGGAGAAUAGAGAAAAUGGAGCUGGCGUUGGUGCCCCUGAGUGCCCAUGGCAAUUUCUAUGAGGGCGACUGCUACGUCAUCCUCUCGACCCGGAGAGUGGGCAGUCUCCUGUCCCAGGACAUCCACUUCUGGAUCGGGAAGGACUCCUCCCAUGAAGAGCAGAGCUGUGCAGCCAUCUACACUACACAGCUGGAUGACUACCUGGGGGGCAGCCCCGUGCAGCACCGGGAGGUCCAGUACCAUGAGUCCGACACCUUCCGUGGCUACUUCAAGCAGGGCAUCAUAUACAAAAAGGGGGGUGUGGCUUCUGGGAUGAAGCAUGUGGAGACCAACACCUACGAUGUCAAGCGGCUGUUACACGUGAAGGGGAAGAGAAACAUCAGGGCCACUGAGGUGGAAAUGAGCUGGGACAGUUUUAACCGAGGAGAUGUCUUCUUGCUGGACCUUGGGAAGGUCAUCAUCCAAUGGAAUGGUCCAGAAAGCAACAGCGGGGAGCGCCUGAAGGCUAUGCUCCUGGCAAAGGACAUUCGGGACAGGGAGCGAGGGGGCCGUGCUGAAAUAGGAGUGAUCGAGGGCGACAAGGAGGCGGCAAGCCCGGAGCUGAUGAAGGUCCUUCAGGACACCCUCGGCCGGCGCUCCAUUAUCAAGUCUGCGGUCCCCGAUGAGAUCGUUGAUCAGCAGCAGAAGUCAAAUGUCAUGUUGUAUCAUGUCUCAGACUCGGCCGGGCAGCUGGAGGUCACAGAGGUAGCAACAAGGCCCCUGGUCCAGGACUUACUAAACCAUGAUGACUGCUACAUCCUGGACCAAAGUGGAACCAAGAUCUAUGUGUGGAAAGGAAGAGGAGCCACAAAGGCUGAGAAACAGAUGGCCAUGUCUAAAGCCCUGAACUUCAUCACAAUGAAGGGCUACCCCAGCAGCACCAAUGUGGAGACUGUCAACGAUGGUGCUGAGUCAGCCAUGUUCAAGCAGCUGUUCCAGAAAUGGUCAGUGAAGGAGCAGACCAUGGGCCUGGGGAAAACGUUCAGCAUCGGGAAAAUCGGUGAGAUUGCCCCGGAUUGUCUUCUCACUGCUGGGACUCUAGAAAGGCAGGCGCGGAUGCUUUUCACCUACUUGGUUUCUCCCAACCCCUUCUCUGCAGCUAAAGUUUCCCAGGACAAAUUUGAUGUGACUCUGCUGCACACUAAACCAGAGGUAGCUGCCCAGGAAAGAAUGGUUGAUGAUGGCAAUGGAAAAAUUGAGGUCUGGAGAAUUGAAAACCUGGAGCUGGUCCCUGUGGAGCAUCAGUGGUAUGGCUUCUUUUAUGGGGGAGACUGCUACCUGGUUCUCUAUACGUAUGAGAUAAACGGGAAGCUGCGUUACAUCUUGUACAUCUGGCAGGGCCGCCAUGCCUCCCAGGACGAGCUGGCAGCCUCAGCCUACCAGGCGGUAGAGGUGGAUCAGCAGUUUGACGGGGCCCCUGUGCAGGUCCGGGUUACCAUGGGCAAAGAGCCUCGCCACUUCAUGGCCAUCUUCAAAGGAAAGCUGGUAAUCUUUGAGGGUGGGACUUCCAGGAAGGGAAAUGCUGAGCCCGAUCCUCCCGUAAGGCUCUUCCAGAUUCAAGGAAAUGACAAAUCGAACACCAAAGCAGUGGAGGUUCCAGCCUUUGCCUCCUCCCUAAACUCCAAUGAUGUCUUUCUGCUGCGGACCCAAGCAGAGCACUAUCUGUGGUAUGGCAAGGGGUCUAGUGGGGAUGAGCGGGCAAUGGCUAAGGAGUUGGCCGGGAUUCUCUGCGAUGGCACAGAGGAUGCUGUGGCUGAGGGCCAGGAGCCAGCUGAGUUCUGGGACCUGCUGGGAGGGAAAGUUCCCUAUGCCAAUGACAAAAGAUUACAGCAGGAAAUCCUAGAUGUCCAGUCCCGUCUCUUUGAAUGUUCCAAUAAGACUGGCCGGUUCAUUGUCACUGAGAUCACAGACUUCACCCAGGAUGACCUGAACCCAGGUGACGUGAUGCUCCUGGACACCUGGGACCAGGUGUUCCUGUGGAUUGGGGCUGAGGCCAAUGCCGCAGAGAAGGAGAACGCUCUUGCUACAGCCCAGGAAUACCUGCACACUCAUCCCAGUGGCCGAGACGCUGACACACCCAUCCUGAUCAUUAAACAGGGGUUUGAGCCUCCCACCUUCACAGGCUGGUUCUUGGCCUGGGACUCUCACAUUUGGAGUGCAGGGAAAUCAUAUGAACAGUUAAAAGAAGAGCUGGGAGACACUGCUGCUAUCACAAGAAUCACUGCUGACCUGAGGAACACAACCCUUUCCCUGAAUUCUGAGCCAAAAUAUUACCCUAUAGAAGUUCUGUUGAAAAAUCAGAAUCAAGAACUGCCUGAGGAUGUGGACCCGGCCAAAAAGGAGAAUUACCUCUCUGAACAGGACUUUGUUUCUGUGUUUGGCAUCACAAGAGGGCAAUUUGCUGCUCUGCCUGGCUGGAAACAGCUCCAAAUGAAGAAAGAAAAGGGGCUUUUCUAAGGCAAGGAAGCAAACGCCUGUUGCAAGACCACAGAAGAGAGCAGAUAGUGCCAAUAUCAGGAAAGAAUUUACCAAUUGUUGCCUAAUAUCCAGCUACUUAAUUUAGAUAAAAUAGGGUCUGCAAAUCACAGCAUGUCCUCCAUUUUUCUCAGCCUUGCAUUCCUUAGUUGUUAUAUGCCUAAAAUGUUAACUACCCACUUUUUAAUUUUUGUGGCCUUUGGCUAAAGCCUCAGCAGAAAGCACAAAAACUACAUGAAUCUGGAGAAGUCAGAAGUAAGAGAACAAAAAACUAUAAGUUUGAAGUGUUGAAGCAAGGACCUAAUUCAUUUUCAAUUUUAAAAUCGGUAUUUCCAAAACCUAUUUAACCCACAAAUCAUUGAAAUUAAUCACAUGUAUACCCCAAAGCCAAAAUCCAAAUGCCCAGAUUGUAUGUGCCAGAGCUUUUUAACUUUUCAAAUAAAGAUACCUGUAUGAGCAAAUGGAAGUAUUCUGGGUUUGCCUGUUAUAGUAAUUAUUUGAUGUUAUGUUGGAAGAAAUGUCCCAGUACUGGGGAAGUAAAGAGGCACUGUUGAGUGAGCUCUCUGGAUAACUGGACCACUGUAAUUCCUGUUUCUGGCACAAGAAUGCCAAAAUCUGCCUUACAGCUGUCCAGGAAACCUCAGUGCCCACCCAACCACACCCUAUUAUCCAAAAGAGAAAUAGGCCCAUGUGUUAUUAAUUUCAGUAAUGAGGCCAGAACCAGUGUGUAUACCACUGCAGACAACCUUCAAAGCACGCGGCAGACAUCAACAAAUGAACCACAUUUUCCAGACGACUCUAGUUUAAGUCAACAAUUCCAAAGGAAUCCAUGUGGCAGGAGUAAUGUAACUGUGAAGUUCCAGGAUAGAAGCAUAGUCCAAAGCAUCACAAAGCGAAAACAGAACGAGCGCGCCACGUCACAGCAGGCGUGGGAUGGAACCAGUCAGAAUCUUUUGGGGAGGCCAUAAUAAAUCUGUGUUGAAGGGAGCAGCAAGCACAGCUGGUGACGCCUGUUCUCACAGACACUGUCAGUCACUUCAAUAAGGCCC